UUAAUAUUGUCUUUCUAUAUAAUAAUAGCAAUUAUUCAUUUGCGUUAUAAUUAUUGUCAGUUUUAUUCUGAUACCAACUACGAAAGAAACGAUGAAAAAUACAGUACAUGAAAUACAUAACUGACUCGGCAAAAGAAAUAUCUACAUUUGUCGACUAUGUAUCGUACAAAAACAUAAAUUCGGCAGUAAAAAUAAAAUAAUAAAUUCAAUAAGUCAAUUUAAUUACACUGAAAUAUUCAGUUGUCUUACCGUAUUAUCAUAUAUAUAUAAAGGUUACCAGAUAUGUGUUAUAUUUAUACUUUGUAUCACUUAUUACAAUGUUUAUUAUAAGUAUGUUUGGUAGAACGGUCGUUACUUUGUAAAGAACUGUCGAAGCAGAAACAUCGUGAUUCCGAGAAUACACUAAUUUUUAAAUCACUUAUAACGGUAAAUAUAACUUGAACAAAUUAUUAUAAAAUAUUUUAAAUAUCUUAGCCUACACAGUUUCAAUAGUACAAAUUUAAUCACUAGAAAUAAUACUUGCAUGUAUUUCAAUAUAUGAACAUAAUUCUUUAAAUAUGUAGAAGUAUAUUUAAAACGCAAGAGUCAGUUUACAAUAAUAACUCAUUUGAAAUUAUUAAACGUUAAAGGUGUUUCUUUAUUAAUUUCAAUAGUAUUUUCUAACGAAUUGUUGAAGCAGAAAGAUCGUGGAUUCAGAGAACAACAUAUCAUAUUGUACAUACAUCUAUUUUCAAUCACUUAUAAUUAUGAAUAUCACGGAAUUAAUAAAAUUAUUAUUAUAUGGAAGUCUAAUAUUUAAUUAUGUUACGGCUAUUUAUGCUCAUAAAGAAAAAAUAUUUGACAAAAUAAGUAACGAGCAAAUAAACAGACCACAAACAAUCAGAACUAAAAGAUCAGAAAUAACGGAAACCACUGAGGAAGUCAUAAUCAAAGCUGCAGUCGGCAAUUUUCGUUUGCCUGAUUUUAUAAUACCAAAACGAUACAGCAUUAAACUAGCAUUAGAUAUAGAAAAUGAUAUCUUUUAUGGAGAAUGUGAUAUUAGCAUUAUGAUUCUUAAUACUGCACAAAACAUAACCUUGCAUUCAGCGAACUUGGAAAUAACUCAAAUUAUGUUAACAGAAAUUAAUGCUAAACAUGAAAUAAUGUAUAAAACAUGUAAUACUUCAUAUAUUCACGAACUGCAAAUUAUUGUCUUGGAUUUCCUUCAUGACUUACGUCCUAAUAAUUAUACUCUGAGCAUAAUGUAUAAAAGUUACAUCACGAAUGAUGUCGGAGGUUUUGUCAAGAUCCCAUAUAUAAAUGGAACAGGAGAAAUAAAGUGGCUUAUCACAACAAGUAACUCAGUGACGGGAAUGCGACAUCUCUUUCCAUGUUGGGACGAACCGGGACUAAAAGCUAACUUUAUCAUUGCUAUAAGGCAUCCUGAACAUUACAAUGUUUUUUCAAAUACACAUUCUUUUUAUACAUCUUUUAUAUCAGAACAAAUGACGACACGUUUUGCUACAAUUCCUGAAAUACCUACGUAUCGUAUAGCAAUUUUGCUAUUUGAUAAGAAUGAUUAUAUUCAUAUUUCUCCCAUACAAAACCUCAAAUUAUGGAGAAGAGAAUGGCUGGACGUGCAAUGGGAUGAAAUUUUUAAAUUAAUUGAAGUUGUCACAAGUACUGUUGAAUAUAUGUGGCAACUACCAGAAGAAUAUUUAUUAAGAAAUCAUUAUGCGAUCGCAGGUUUGAGAGAUGACGGCGUGGACAAAUUGCAGUUCAUACUUUACAGAGAAGAAGAUAUUAUUUACAAUAAAGAGAUAGAUCCCAUUGCACACAAAAUAGAAUUAUUACGUAUAAUAGGACGUAAAGUGGUUGGUCAACUGUUUGGCACUGCAGUUAGUUCGUCAUGGUGGUCUUACAUGUGGUUGAACGAGGGUAUUGCUAGGUUGUUUGGCGUGUAUACAAUCAAUAAGAUUAUGCCAGACAUUCGGAUGUUGGAUUUGUUUGUAGUUCAAACUCAACAAGAAUCACUCCGUCUAGAUGAUUCACAAAUUAUGAAACCUCUUGAUUCAGAAGUUAACAGUAUUUCUGAAAUUAAUUCUCUCUUCUCCUUUACCUAUUACAUAAAAGCACCUUCUAUAUUGCGUAUGCUACAUUAUACAGUAGGUGAUGAAAUUUUUCAGAAAGGCAUUUAUGCGUAUUUGCGAAGACGGACGGGAAGUCUGGACGAUUUUUGGACUGCAAUGCAAUCUGCCUAUGAUUCACAAACUAUGGAUUUGAAGAAAAUUAAUGUGAAAGAUCUGAUGAAUCCUUGGAUACAAGAAAAACAAUAUCCCAUUCUUAAUGUAACAGAAACAUUUGAUACCGAAUGGGUGAAAAUUAUUCUAGAAAUUGCCUCCAAAAAAUGGACAGUACCACUGACAAAUCAAGUGUAUAUGAAUUUAAAACGAAUUUUACCCACGUUUUGUCUUACUCGAGAACAAACGCAUUUUCUUGUAAAAUGUAACAAUCCUGAAUAUAAUCAAUUCAUAAUAAUAAAUCAGCAACAAAUAGGAUAUUAUCGCGUAUUUUAUAAUACGGAAAGUUGGUUAAGAAUAGUGCGUUAUCUUAAUUCCGAGAAUUAUACAAAUAUUCAUGUCUUAACUCGUGCUCAAAUCAUCGACGACACAUUCCAUUUAACAAUAUCAGGCGAAUUACACUCUUCCGCAUUUUGGGAAGUCAUGAGUUAUCUAAAAAUGGGAAACGGACUAUAUAGCAUGGUACCUAUGUUCAAAGCUAUUGAGCAUAUGUCAUACAUUCUACCAUUUGAUAAUAUCGAUAAUAUUCAUUUCAAGAUGAGACUACAGAAACUAUUGGGUACGCUUCUUCAAAAAAUUGGAUACGAGGAAAAGGAUAAUGACAACAACCUUGUUAAAUGUUUAAGGCAAGAAGCUGUAAGAUGGGCUUGUAUCCUUGGUGAUAGGGAAUGCAAAAAGAUUGCUGAAUUUCAACUGCAAUUGCAUUUGUUAAAUCCAAUAAAAAAUAAAUUAUUACCAUGGUGGAAGGAAUGGACAUUCUGUAAUGGUUUAUCUGUAUCUAGUAUUUCUCUUGACAAACUAUUUAAAGAUUUGGAUGAAAUUUUGAUAAUUAAAGAUCCAGAAAUGUUUAAAAUUUUAGCUUGCUAUAAUGAUAUUUCUAGUCUUGUGUCUCUGCUCUAUAAGCUAAAAACAUUAAAAAAUAAUUACGUGUCUACUUAUACAGAAGAUAAUGCGAGGACAAUUACUAUUGUUAAAAACUACAUUUAUUUGUUUUAUUAUGUUAUUCAGAAACAUGGAAAUGAUAAUUUAUUUAAUUACAUUUUAUUAAACAAUUUGGAAGAACUCAAGCCAAAAGAAAUUAGUACAACCGCAGCAUUGAUUAAUAUCAUAAAUUAUACUUAUUCUAAUAAAGCACUCUGUCAGAUACAGAAAUGGAUUCAUAAGAACCUUAUUAAUUCAUUACUUCAGAACACCGAACACAAAAUACACAUGCGUCUCAAGAAACAUUAUGCAGGUACUGUAGAUAACGUAUGUGAGACAUCCCGCUUUAUUUUUUAAAAUAUUAUAUAAUUUAUAAUAUAUAAUUAUAUAAUGGAAGAUGGAUUAUAUAAUGGAAGAUUGUAUUAAAAUCA